CGCGCUGCCAGCAUCGUUUCAUACCGUCGCAGGACAGAAAGGUGUGAAAAUAUCGGUCCUCUUGCCAGCCUAGAAAUAAUACACACAGACGGCAUUGUUUUGAUCAUGCUGUCACACUCUGAAAUGCUCCGUGUCAGCGGAGUUAUGGAGACGCCGGGGAGGAUAGCAGCCACACCGGACGCCCUGGACUUCACGGUGGAAAACGUAGAGAAGGCCCUCCACCAGUUGUACUACGAUCCCAAUAUAGAAAACAAGAAUCUGGCCCAGAAAUGGCUAAUGCAGGCCCAGGUGUCCCCUCAGGCCUGGCAGUUUUGCUGGGCUCUGCUGAGCCCAGACAAGGUGCCAGAGAUCCAGUAUUUUGGUGCAAGUGCACUUCACACUAAGAUCUCUCGCUACUGGUCGGACAUCCCCACAGACCAGUACGAAUCUCUGAAGAGCCAGCUGUUCUCCCAGAUUGCUUGCUUCUCCUCCGGCUCCAAGAUGGUGCUCACCCGGCUGUGUGUGGCCCUGGCCUCGCUGGCGCUCAACACCAUGCCCGAGGCCUGGCCCGGCGCCGUGGCAGAGAUGGUGCGGGUGUUCCAGGAGGAGGGGGGAGGGGUAGACGGGCGGGCACGCUGCCUGGCAUUGCUGGAGCUACUUACCGUCUUGCCUGAGGAGUUCCAGACCAGCCGCCUGCCGCAGUACCGAAAGGGACAGGUACGGGGUGCUCUGGGCCGGGAAUGGGGCUCAGUGUGUCCCUUACUGCAGCAACUGCUGCGAAGAACAGACAGCCCCGGUGCGGUGAAAGCUCGCGUGCUGCGCUGCCUGUCAUCCUGGGUGCUGCUGGACGUGCCCCUCAGUGAGAGUGAAGGCCUGGUGCACGACUGCUUCAGCGCCCUGCCUGACCCAGAGCUCUUCGACACAGCGGUGGAAGCGAUCGUCAACGCCAUCUCACAGCCUGACUCCCAAAGAUAUGUGAACACUUUGUUGAAACUGGUUCCUCAAGUGCUGGCCCUCCAGGAGCAGCUCAGAGAGGCCGUUCAGAAUGGAGACAUGGAGACCUGCCACGGUAUCUGCCGCAUCGCCGUCACACUGGGAGAGAACCACUCAAGGACUCUGUUGGAGCAGGUGGAUCACUGGCAGAGCUUCCUGGCUUUAGUCAACAUGAUCAUGUUUUGUACGGGUAUCCCUGGCCACUACCCAGUCAACGAGACCACCAGCUCCCUUACACUAACCUUCUGGUAUACAUUACAAGAUGAAAUCAUGUCGUUUGAGUCGGACAAGCAGACAGUGUACCUGCAGGUGUACAGGCCAGUGUAUUUCCAGUUGGUAGAUGUUCUUCUGCACAAAGCCCAGUUCCCCUCUGACCAGGAGUACGCAUCCUGGUCUUCAGAUGAAAAAGAACAGUUUCGGAUCUACAGGGUGGAUAUCUCUGACACACUCAUGUAUGUGUAUGAGAUGCUCGGAGCAGAGCUGCUGAGUAACCUGUAUGAUAAACUAGGAAGACUGUUGACUAAUGCGGAGCAGCCCACAUCAUGGCAGCACACAGAAGCUUUGCUGUACGGCUUCCAGUCCAUAGCAGAGACAAUAGAUGUGAAUUACUCUGACGUCAUCCCGGGCCUAAUAGGACUCAUCCCCCGAAUCAGCAUCAACAACGUCCAGUUGGCAGACACAGUGAUGUUCACUAUAGGCGCUCUGGCUGAGUGGUUGGCAGACCACCCAGUGAUGCUCAGCAGUGUCCUGCCCUUGGUGCUACAGGCUUUAGGGAACCCAGACCUCUCUAUUUCCUCUGUCUCUACACUCAAGAAAAUCUGUAGGGAGUGCAAAUAUGACCUGCCUCCCUACGCAACCAACAUAGUAGCUGUCUCUCAGGAGGUGCUUAUAAAGCAGAUCCACAAGACAAGUCAGUGUAUGUGGCUGAUGCAGGCUCUCGGCUUCCUGCUCUCCGCUCUCCCUGUGGAAGACAUCUUGAGAAACCUUCACUCUCUUAUCACCCCGUACAUUCAGCAACUCGAGAAACUAGCGGACGAAACGCCUAAUCCCUCCAAUAAGUUAGCAAUCAUCCACAUCUUGGGACUGCUGUCCAACCUGUUCACUACGCUGGACAUCAGCAAGCAGGAUGAUGAGUCAGCGGAUGGCUCGGCACCACCUGUCAAAACAGCCCCACCCCCACCUGGACCAAACCCAGUUGUCGUGGUUUUGCAACAAGUGUUUGCUCUCAUACAGACAGUACUCAGCAAGUGGCUCAACGAUUCGCAGGUUGUAGAGGCGGUCUGCGCUAUCUUUGAGAAGUCUGUGAAGACUCUGCUGCAUGACUUUGCUCCCAUGGUGUCUCAGCUCAGUGAGAUGCUCGGGCAGAUGUACAGUACAAUUCCCCAGGCCUCGGCCCUUGACCUCACAAGACAGAUGGUGCAUAUCUUUGCCAGCCAGACAGACCACUUCCCACCCAUCAAGGCUCUGUUUGAGCUGGUUACCUCGGUAACAUUGUCCAUCUUCCAACAAGGACCCAGGGAUCAUCCUGAUAUUGUUGAUUCAUUUAUGCAACUCCAAGCUCAGGCCCUCAAACGGAAGCCCGAUUUGUUCUUGUCUGAGAGUCUUGACGUGAAAGCAGUAUUCCACUGUGGAGUUUUGUCACUCAAAUUUCCCGAAGCUCCGACAGUCAAGUCAACAUGCUUGUUCUUUACUGAAUUGUUACCCCACUGCUCAGAUGUGCCUCCGUUGGCCAGGGUGGUGCAGGAGGAUGGCAAAUUGCUGAUCCAGGCCGUACUGGAGGGCAUCGGGGGCGGGGCAUCUCGGAGCCUGAUGGACCAGUUCGCCGAAGUGCUUUUCUCUCUGAACAAGAACUGCUUUUCUCUGCUGGCUGUGUGGUUGAAGGAGGCGCUUCAGCCACCAGGGUUCCCAUCAACACGGGUCACAACUGAACAGAAAGACAAUUUUUCUCAGCAGAUACUCAGAGAACGAGUGAACAAGAGGAGGGUGAAGGACAUAGUGAAGGAGUUCACACUACUGUGCAGAGGGCUCCAUGGUACAGAGUACGCCGCUGAAUACUGAAACUCUACCCUUGAACUCUGACCUAACCGUGACCUCUGCCCUCAGUGCAAAACAGACGAACCCACAAACAACACAGUUCUCACAAACCCCAUCAGAGAAGAUAUCAUGAAAUGAUUGUAAUGAUAACCCGCCCCACCGCAGGACAAGACAUGGAACCAUUCCAGCACAGACCUGCCAUCGGAUUAAUGGACAAACAUUCAAUCCCCAGUGGCUUCAGGGAGGCAGUCCUCUCUGCUUCCAUUUUUUUUGUUUGUUCUGAGAUUGAUUGUUUCUCUCUUCUUCCUCUCCUCUCUCCUCCUCUUAUUUAAAGGUCUUAAAGGAAGAGUUUGAGCAGCGUUCCCAGCAUGCUGCAUCACGCGUCCUCCUAUCUCUGUCUUGUUCUGCCUUUCUAGAUCUUCCUGUGGCUCCUAGGUUGUUUUCUGGUGAUUAGCAUCGAUAUGAAAUGGUAGUGGUAUCGUACGUAGCUACUUGACAUUAUUUUUCAAAAUAAAUCAAAUUAAUUAUAUAUAUAUGUAUAUGUAUACACAUAUAGAAAGACGGAGGUUGUCAGUCCUGCUGCUGCUAAUGGGAAGAGAGGAGGACCAAUGUCAGGGGGAGGAUUCUGCAGGAAAAAUGACAUUAAUUCAAUAACCUUACUCCAACUCAUGCCCCCUGUGAUCUCUGCAUUUGCCAAAUUAUCAUGAAAUGUUUCGUGAAUUUGUCCUUUUUUUUGUUCUAUAUGCCUUUUUGGGGGGUAUGAGUGGAGAAGGACAACCGAACACCACAUAACCUGACUAAAAACAGUCUGCUCUCUUACCCAGCCCUCUUUGAAUAGGGCUGUACCUCAUGUACAUACAGUCCCACCCAGUCAUACUGCAGUCUCCUCUGGUUAUGGAAAGCAUUGAAUGCAGUGGUCCCUAAGGUGAAGCAGGACUGCCCAGAGCGACGGCUGGAGGGGAAAGGGAAUUAUAGUAGCUGGCAGUGAGAAAGGGGCACAGGAUGGACACUGAGAAGGGAACUGAGUGUUCGGAGGGAUUAAUAAUCCUGACGUUGGACUGCUUAGUCACUGUAAUCGUGCAAAAAUAUUAAUCAAGUUGUGCAUAUUAACAGUUAUUGCUGAACACUUCUGUGUAUUUGAGUGUGUGCGCGUGUUCAUACCUGUAUGUAUGAGAGGUUGUGUGUGCACAGAUGUAUCUUUUUUUCCACAUGUUCAGUGCACUUAUAUUGGACCUACAGUACACAUGCAUAAUUUCCUCCUAUCUUUUACACAAAGAGCCCGUUCAUUUCUUCACACCACACUCAUUCAGACUACUCUUUGCUUAAUGACUGACCAGGCACGUCCAGUACCUCACCUCUGCUGCUCACUGGCAAUUUCACCUAUCUACUAAACCUGCUCAUCAUCUGUAAUGACCGGUCAGUGAUAAUCAUUGACCAGACUUAUCUACUUACCUGUCAGUUAUUGAUCUCUCAGACUGCACACCAACUAGCCUAUUGCUCUUAACAAAACGCUUGUGAACAAGCCACCCAAAUCCUUUCAUCCAUCUGAGUCACUGCCUUGGAGAUGACCAAGAAGGAUUAGAGAGCUCACUAACAACACCUAAGAUCUCUGAGAAAGUUAUUGGAUCAAGAACAAGCACCGGCAUUCUGUGCUCAUCCAUCACGCUAGAGACAUUAUUGGUGAAGUGAUGUGACGGCUGUAAAAUACACUGUCUAGUAAAUAAGCAGGAUCAGUUGACAUCUAAUAACACUCAGCAUCGAAAUGUACUCUGUGGUCUCUGAUAAAACUUAAUCUCAGUCUAAUCCUUCUGUCUUAUCCGAGGUGCCUGCAGACAUGUAGCAUGUAUGUGUUUUGUGGGGGGUUUCGGGGUUUCAGGGGACAAACAUAUUCAGUGCGUGAGAUACUGAAAGACAUUAUUUAAGCCGGGAAUUAGCUCUGGAGCGAGCUGUCUGGCCUUUUGAGUCUGAUUUGAACUGUGAAUGACAGGACGUUCAACACUGAUCCUUGAUCUGUAUUGUGGUCUCGUUCUGAUGGGGGAAAAACUAAAACAAUGUUUGUCACAGUUUAAAGAAAGAGUAGUAGGCGGAUGAUGGGAGGGGGGAAUGAAAUGUACAUUGUUUUUGUACCUUGGCUUUAA